CUCGGUCGUCUGCGUCGCAAGUAAUUAAAGUGAGUUCUCCAGUUUUGUGCGGAUUUUCAUACAUCGCCAAUUUCAAAAAGCAGGACGUCAUUUUUCCGCCCCUCGUUCAUAGCUCGUCAUCCGCCCCUUAUUAAACUGCUGGAUUCCGGUCGCUGGAUCAUGCCCCAUACAGGUCAAGCCGGGGUCAACCAAUUGGGUGGCGUAUUCGUCAAUGGACGGCCACUGCCAGACUACGUCCGCCGAAGGAUCGUCCAGCUGGCGUUGUUAGGCGUCCGUCCGUGCGAUAUCUCGCGGCAGCUUCUAGUCUCCCACGGAUGCGUCUCCAAGAUACUGACCCGCUUUUACGAAACGGGGUCCAUCCGGCCCGGAUCGGUUGCCGUCAACAACAAACAUAAGAUUGCGACGCCUAGCGUCGUGCGGAAAGUGUUGCGACUCAAGAGCGAAAGGCCGUCGCUGUUCGCUUCAGAAAUCCGAGAAGCUCUGCUGAGUCAGCGGCUCUGCGAUCCCGGUCAGGUGCCAUCCGUUUCAUCCAUUAAUCGAAUCCUUCGCGAAGCGGCUUCCGCAUCCAGCUCUUUGGCGGCGGAAUGGCCCGGACUCAUGGUAGGCCAUCACAUGCAGCAGUUGUUCAUCAGCAACCAAUCAGCAUCGAUGCAACAACAGCAGCAACACCAUCAAAUGCUAUCGCCAUCUGGAAGUACUACACAGCCAACCUCCGCCACUCAUGCGUUUCCCAACAUUCUUCAACUGGAUUUAUCUGUUCCGUCGACAUCCGCAACGACAUCCAGCUACGAUCCAGCCAUGCCACUAGACUGCAGCAGCAAACGAACGGCGACUGAUUCCGAAUCCGGUGCUAGUCCAGCCGUCCCUCCUCCACCGCCGGUCAUCGUCAAGCGCAAAAAGAUUUCGUACGCCAUCGAAGAUUUGUUGAAAAAGGAUGACAGUUAGGCCUGGCCCCUCCUAUCUAUUAAAAAAAAGAAAAAAAAAAGAAAAUCACAUAUAAUUAUUUACCGUAAAACGUUAUGUCUAGUCAUUAGAAGACCUCUCAGUUUUCUUCGAAUAUCACACAGAUCUAGUUUCGCUCGAGUCACACAUCCGCCAAAAAUCAAUUUCAUUUUCUUGUAUUUUUUAAGUUUGACGUUAAAAAAAAACAGUCAAAAAGGUUGGAGAUAAAAGGUUGAUGAUAAUAUCCAUUGUGUGUAAAACAAAUAAAAAAACAUUUAAAUACAAUUCGGGACGAAUUAAAAAACUAAAAAAAGGAAGGGAAUUGUUAAUGUACACGUAAUACAUUCAGAUCGACAAACCAAACAGGUCAGUGGCGUGCUGUUUUUUUGAGAAUAUAGG